AUGGCCAACCACUCACAACUCAACUUCCAAGACGCCUCCUCCCCCAUCAUAGAAGAACUUAUAGGCUUUCACGAUCACGCCCUAAUAAUCGCCCUAGCAAUCUGCAGCUUAGUCCUCUACCUACUGACCCUAAUACUAACAGAAAAACUAUCAUCCAGCACAGUCGAUGCACAGGAAAUCGAACUCGUCUGAACAAUCCUCCCAGCCAUAGUACUAGUCACACUAGCUUUACCAUCACUACGAAUCCUCUACAUGAUGGAUGAAAUCAACGAACCCGACCUGACCCUAAAAGCCAUCGGCCACCAAUGAUACUGAACAUACGAAUACACCGACCUAAAAGACCUAACAUUUGACUCUUACAUAAUCCCUACAGCAGACCUACCCCGAGGACAUUUCCGUCUACUAGAAGUAGACCAUCGCGUUGUUGUCCCCAUAAGCUCCUCCAUCCGAGUCAUUGUCACAGCAGACGACGUACUCCACUCAUGAGCCGUCCCCAGCCUAGGAGUAAAAACCGACGCAAUCCCAGGACGCCUCAACCAAACCUCCUUCCUUGCCUCCCGACCCGGAGUUUUCUACGGACAAUGCUCAGAAAUCUGCGGAGCUAACCACAGCUUUAUACCAAUCGUAGUAGAAUCCACUCCACUCGCCAACUUCGAGAGCUGAUCUACCCUAAUAUCAUCCUAA